UAAGAAACGAAUCAAACUGCAAACCAAAUGAAACCAAAUCAAAUACAAGAAAAUCGGUGUUUCUUUGAGGCAGCGCGGUUGAGAAUUUAGUUGUUUGUCUGAAGAAAUUUCAUUUCGUUCGAAUCAGCGCAUUGGAGGAUUCGAAGCAAAUUUUAUGUAGUAGCUUCUUGUAAAAUUUCAUUUAAUGGGGAAGUCCAUACUGACGCCAACACAGAGAUACGCAGCGGGAGCACUGCUUGGUCUCGCCCUUUAUCAGGCUCAGAUUCACCAAACUCGCCCUUUGGGCUCUAUUCUUCAUGAGGACGAGGAGCCAACUGAUGAACGCGGGAGCAGCUGCAGUAGUAGUAGCGAUUCGAUUUCGGAGGAUCCUGACCUCUGGGUCCACGAUCACUCCGGUCUUCUUCGGCCUGUAUUCAGAUUCCUGGAGAUAGAUUCUCAAGCCUGGUCUGGACUCGAGGAAACAACUGCAUCCUCUCACGUCAGUCAUCAUGUUGGAGCUUUCUUGAGGCUACUCUCUGAAGAAAGUGAUGGAGAUUCUUCAGAAAGUAUGGAUCAAGAAGUUGCUUUGACAAAAGCUGUUGAUGCUAUGAUGAUGAGCAUUGAAAGCAGUCCUGUUUCUUCUGAGGCUAGUAGGGAGAAAAACCGUGAGUACGAAAAUGAAUGCCGUGAGAAAAUUUCUACUGGUGAGAAGCAACUAAGUUCUGAACCAGCAAAUAUGCCUGCCGAAAACUUGUCUAACACAUGUACCAGAAAAUUGGAAACACCAGAUGGGCCUGAGAGAAUAUGUAAUGAGAAACCCAAGGAAGAGGGACUACUGCUCAGUUACCAGCGGAAAGUGGCAGUUCUUUAUGAGCUUCUUUCUGCUUGUGUAGCGGAUACACCUGAAGAUGACAAGAAACGCUCGCGAGUCAGAAAAGGCUAUGAUGCUCGACAUCGGGUGGCCCUACGGUUGCUGGGAACAUGGCUUGAUGUGAAGUGGACAAAAAUGGAAGCCAUGGAGAUUAUGGUUGCUUGCUCUGCAAUGGCUUUAGCAAAAGAUGGAGAAGCACAGAAGGAACAAGCCAAAGCUUCAGAAAGCAGUUGGGCCAAAUGGAAGCGUGGAGGUAUCAUUGGUGCAGCUGCGUUGACUGGAGGAACUUUGUUGGCUAUCACUGGUGGUCUAGCUGCUCCAGCAAUUGCUGCUGGUUUUGGUGCUUUAGCUCCUACAUUGGGUACUCUUGUUCCUGUGAUUGGAGCAAGUGGGUUUGCUGCAGCUGCAACUGCUGCAGGAUCUGUUGCUGGAUCUGUUGCUGUUGCUGCAUCAUUUGGUGCUGCCGGAGCUGGACUUACUGGGAGUAAAAUGGCUCGGAGGAUUGGUAACGUUGAUGAAUUUGAAUUCAAGGUUGUUGGAGAAAAUCAUCAGCAAGGGCGGCUGGCUGUUGGCAUCAUGAUCUCUGGAUUUGUUUUUGAGGAAAAUGAUUUUGUAAAGCCUUGGGAAGGACUAGAUGACAAGUUGGAGAGGUAUGCGCUACAAUGGGAGUCCAAGAAUUUGAUUGCUGUAAGCACUGCAAUCCAGGAUUGGUUAACUGAAAAACUUGCAUUGCAUAUGAUGAAACAAGGUGCCAUGAUGACUGUACUAAGCACGCUUCUAGUUGCAUUGGCGUGGCCGGCAACAUUACUUGCAGCAACUGAGUUUAUAGAUAGCAAAUGGACGAUUGCAGUUGACAGAUCAGACAAAGCAGGAAAGAUGCUUGCUGAAGUGUUAGUCAAGGGAUUGCAAGGGAACAGACCAGUGACACUCAUAGGUUUCUCGCUGGGGGCGCGAGUAGUUUUCAAAUGUCUUCAGUGCUUGGCCGAGAAUAAAGAUAAUGUUGGAAUUGUAGAAAAGGUUGUUCUUCUUGGAGCACCAAUACCAAUUCAAAAUGAAAAUUGGGAAACUGCUAGAAAGAUGGUGGCUGGCAGAUUUAUUAAUGCUUAUUCAACAAAUGAUUGGAUACUUGGAAUUGCAUUUCGUGCAAGUCUACUUACUAAGGGGUUAGCUGGAAUUCAACCUGUCAAUGUACCUGGGAUUGAGAAUGUUGAUGUUACAGAACUCAUUGAAGGCCACUCAUCUUAUUUAUGGGCAACACAACAAAUCCUGGAACACCUUGAACUGGAUACAUAUUACCCUGUUUUCAGGAGCUCUUCUGCCAAAUCCGAGGAAGAAAGAAGCAGAGAUAUCUAAUAUUUGCUUGUCUCAAUCAAUUUCCUGCUCAGGCCUGCCCAGAAAUUUACUCUUUCUUUGGGUCGAUGAGGUUGCUUAGCAUGAAGAAUCUUUGACCUGAUCAAGAAUGCCAAUAGUAACAAGUUUGAUCUGUCAGCAUCAUGACCCUUACCUAUAUUUCUUCUCUGUUAUCUAUCAUCAUUUUGUUCUGCUGCAAUCAAAUGGAAGCUGUUAGCUGUCUAGUCAUUUGAGUUUUCACGUGCACCUGGUUGGCUGCCUCAGAAUGUGAGAUA